AUGCUGGCUGUCAAGGCUUUCCUCGUCGCUCUCUCAGCUACCGCUGUAAGCAGUGUUCCGUUGGCAAGGCGUCAGUUCCCGUAUGGAUCGACGCCGGUAAGAGGCGCCAACAUCGGGGGCUGGCUCGUGUUAGAACCAUGGAUAACGCCGUCCAUCUUCCAUCAAUUCGGCGGUUCAGUGAUCGACGAGUACACCUUGACCCAACGGAUACCCAAUGCGGGAGACAUCCUUCGCAACCACUGGGACAGCUGGGUGUCCCUGGCCGACUUCCAGAAGAUCGCCGACCACGGCUUCAACUCGGUCCGGAUCCCUAUAGGCUACUGGGCCUUUGAGAAGUAUAGAGGCGAUCCAUACAUCCAAGGCGCGGCAGAUUAUCUCGACAAGGCCAUUGAUUGGGCUCGUCAGACGGGACUCAAGGUCUGGAUUGACCUGCACGGCGCACCGCUUUCACAGAAUGGACAGGACAACUCGGGCCAAUUGACCUCAUCGCCAGGCUGGACGUCUGGUAAUUCCGUCCAAGCUACGCUCGACGUCAUAGGCCAGCUAGCCGACAAGUACGGCAGCUCGGACUACGCAGACGUGAUCUCCGGUAUCGAGCUGCUGAAUGAACCCAGGAUGAGUGCUCUACCUGGUGGGCGAGGCGCAACUCAGGGGUACUACCAAGCAGGCUUCGAGACUGUCCGCAGCAAAGGUCAGACGCCAGUCAUCAUCCAGGACGGCUUCACCGAUCCGUCGUCAUGGAACGGCUUCCUCACUGGCCAGGGAACUUCCGGCGCCAUCGUCGACCACCACGAGUACCAAGUGUUCACUAACGAAAAUGUGGCACUGACUCCGGAAGAACAUGUCAACUACGUCUACACCAGCGCCGACUCUUGGGCCCAAGGACAAGACAAAUUCGUCAUUUGCGGCGAAUGGACCGCGGCCAUGACCGACUGCGCGCCAGCCCUCAAUGGCUAUGGCGUCGGCGCGCGGUAUGACGGCACCUAUUCGACCCGCAACGCGGACGGCAGCUACUCCGGCUCCGCGUUCGUCGGGUCGUGCGACACCAUCAACUUCAUUGACCAGUGGAGCGAGUACAACAAGACAACGACAAGAAACUACAUUGCCGCACAGCUGGAUGUCUUUGAGAACCAGAUCCAGGGGUGGUUCUUCUGGAACUUCAAGACCGAGGCCACGGCCGAGUGGGAUCUUUUCAGGCUCAUCGACGCCGGUGUCUGGCCUAGCAUGGGCUGA